GAAACUUGAAAGUGAAACCUACUAGGAAAGUCCGGAAGGAGAUUUUUCUUAUUAUUUCGGCUGUAAAGAGAAAAACUAGAUUAAAGCAAUAAAAAGCUCAGAAUCAUCACGUCGUGUGCGUCAAAAGUUAACCGGUUUGGAAAAUAUGUGCCGUGUGCAUUUCGCUAUUCGAUUCAUGAGAUAAGAAUACUUUAAAAUACUACAUCAAAAUCGUCAUUGAUUUCUUCUUUUUUCGUAGUAAAAGAUAAAUUUACUUAUGUUUUUCAAUUUUCUGAAGAAAACUGCGACUGCGACGUUCCAUGAUUCCUCAGGUAGUGGUUGUUAUUUGUUAGCAACGUCGAUAACACUCGAUGUUGUAUCCAUCGAAACUUGACAUUCAAACGUUCAAUCAUUACACCCAACUUUCUCCACCUCAGGUCCAGGUUAAUUCGAACCCUCUAACUCGGAAAUAAUAUAAGUUUCCAAAAUGGAAAAGAAAAAUAUAUCCGCUCAGAUUGGUCCAUCUAUAUUGAAUGCCGAUUUAUCGAAUUUAGCUCAAGAAUCUCAACGGUUAUUGGAUUAUGGAGCAGAUUACAUUCACUUAGAUGUAAUGGACGGAACUUUUGUACCAAAUAUAACAUUCGGCCAUCCUCUGGUGAAAUGUUUGCGUAAAAACAUUCCAGAUGCUUUUUUUGAAACACACAUGAUGGUUCAAGAACCUUAUAAAUGGAUAGAGCCGACUGCAGAUGCCGGAGUUCAGCUUUAUACGUUUCAUAUUGAACCAUGUACUGACGUACCAUUCGUAUGCAGAAAAGUUAAAGAAUCUGGAAUGAUGGUAGGUUUAGCCAUCAAACCUAACACGAAAGUUGAAGCUGUUGCUGAAUAUAUCGACGUCGCUGAUAUGGUAUUGAUUAUGACUGUCGAACCAGGUUUUGGUGGACAGAAAUUUAUGCCCGAUAUGAUGAAAAAAGUGAAAUGGCUGAGGUCUAAUUACCCAUUGCUAGAUAUCGAAGUUGAUGGUGGCGUAGGAUUAGAAUCGAUUGAUGCUUGUGCCGAGGCCGGAGCUAAUAUGAUUGUUUCUGGAACUGCUGUCGUCGCUGCUAAAGAUCCAAAAUAUGUGAUUGAUAAGAUGAGAACCGUCGUAAAUGAUGCAAUUUGUUGUUAUUCAAUUCAGAAAUGAGGUUUUGUUUAUUGUUGUUAAAAUGUGAGGUGUUCCUUGAAAAAUUGUUACCAAGGAUUUUUCUUUCCAAACGUCUAGGGAUAGGUAGUAAUUUUUUUAAUUUUCUCUUUCAAGAUAUUUUGUAAAAUGUAUUUUUAAAGAAUUACAAUAAUUUUCCAAA